UCAAAAGAAAGCUCAAAGUUUCUCACGGUUUCUUUCUUCCAAUUGCCAUCGCUCGGUUCGCUUCCUCCGAUGAGAAAAUGAGCUCAUGCGGCGGCCCUACUCCUCUCAACGUCAUCGGAGUUCUUCUGCGAUCGGAGUCUUCCCGGGCCUGUAAUUCCGACGAGAAUUCCCGGAUUCUGAGGGAUUUCGUUACUCGCGAAGUCAAUGCUCUCCUCUGGCUCUCUCUCAUCACCGUCACUGCGGUUCUGAUCAGCAAGGUUGUUGAGCUCUUCAGAUUGUGGUCGAAGGCGAAGCAGCUCCCCGGCCCUCCUUGCCCGUCUUUCUACGGCCACUCCAAGGUCAUUUCGCGCCAGAAUCUCACCGAUUUGUUAUAUGAAUCUCAUAAAAAAUAUGGACCAGUUGUCAAGCUAUGGUUGGGUCCCAUGCAGCUUUUAGUGUCUGUAAAGGAGCCAGCGCUUCUCAAAGAAAUUCUGGUGAAGGCCGAGGAUAAAUUGCCUUUGACAGGGCGGGCAUUCAGGCUAGCAUUUGGGCGUUCCAGUCUCUUUGCUUCCUCUUUUGAGAAGGUGCAAAACAGAAGACAGUGGUUAGCAGAAAAGUUAAAUGAAAUAUCAUUUCAGAGAGCUAAUGGGAUUCCUUCGAAGGCUGUGGAUUGUUGCAUGGGGAGGGUAGAAGAUCUUAUGAUUGAAGAAAGUGUAGAUUGUAAUAAGGUCUCUCAACAUUUGGCUUUUACAUUGUUAGGAUGCACACUUUUUGGGGAUGCCUUUUCGGGUUGGUCUAAGGCAACCAUCUAUGAGGAACUUCUGAUGAUGAUUGCUAAAGAUGCCAGUUUUUGGGCCUCCUACAGAGUUACUCCUAUUUGGAAACAAGGAUUCUGGCGGUACCAGCGCUUGUGCAUGAAGUUGAAAUGCUUAACACAAGAUAUUGUUCAACAAUAUAGAAAACAUUACAAGCUCUUCUCUCACUCCCAGAAUCGGAACCUUCAUAAUGAAACCAAAAAUACUGGUGCGGAGGUUGCAUUUGAUAUUCCACCACCCUGUCCUGCUGCCGAGAUGCGCAGUAAUUGUUUCUUGUAUGGUCUUAAUGAUCAUGUUAAUCCUAAUGAGGAACCAUGUGGAAAUAUUAUGGGUGUGAUGUUUCAUGGAUGCCUAACUACUGCAAGUCUGAUUGCUUCCAUUUUGGAAUGGCUUGCCACAAAUCCUGAAAUACAGGAAAAGAUUAGCUCAGAACUAAAUACAAAGGGCCCAGUGAAAGAUCACCAGAAAAAUGUUGAUAACAUGCCACUUCUGUUGGCAACUAUAUAUGAGUCUGCCCGUCUUCUGCCAGCAGGGCCUCUGUUACAAAGAUGUUCACUGAAACAAGAUUUGGUCCUAAAGACUGGUACAACUAUACCAGCUGGAACAUUAGUCGUUGUACCCAUACAAUUGGUACAGAUGGAUGAUUCAAGCUGGGGAAGUGAUGCCAAUAAGUUCAAUCCCUACCGGUUUUUAUCAACGGCUUGUAAUGGGACUGAUAUGACUCAGCAACCAACACUUGCAGGUGAAAAUAUUGGGGAUCAAGGAGAGAGCUCAUUUAUUUUGAACGAUCCGAUUGGCAAUGUUGGAUUUCUUCCCUUUGGCUUUGGUACACGUGCCUGCGUUGGUCAGAAAUUUAUUAUACAAGGAGUAGCAACAUUAUUCGCCUCUUUGCUCACACACUACGAGAUAAAACUGCAGUCAGAAUCCAAGAAUGAGUCGAAGUCAUCAACGAACCUGUCCGCAUCUCGAAUUCUUCCCAAUCCGAAGAUAGUUUUCGUAGGUAGGAACAGCUGAAGAACAAGUAGCCAAAAGCUCACUCCUCCAUAGGAAGGUUGUAUCUAAUCCAGGUCCAUCUCAAUUACUACAUUUAAUCUGAACUGAAAUAGUUUUUAUGGGGAAGUUCUGCAUCUUUUUCCCCCGUGACUCACUGGCUGUCACAAAUGGGAGGUUGAGACACAUGCUUUUUCCCUCCCUAUGUUCAUAUCAUAUAGUAGCUCGAUCGAGUGCCGCUUUUUUCGCUAUUUUAUCACUUGUUUUUGAAGCACUCGUGUUCCGGUAUUAGGCGGGGCCUCGUACUUCCCCAUCUUUAGAUUCUCAAAUGCGUCUAGAAGUGUCUAAGAGUAACUCAAGUUUCCUCUUUUUUUCUCUCCAUAGAGGGAGGGUUUCUUGUGUACUGUGCUUUAUACUGAAUAUUGCUGAACUCAAUGCACCAUCUGAGUUGCAUAUGUCUCCAAUAUCAUCCACUAAAUAAAGACUCUGUUUCUGUUUUUGUUCU